UUGCUAAUGGGAGACGUAAUUAACCCGGAAAAAAAGCGACGGCGGAGCCGCGGGCACACCCCCUUCGCGCCCGGCCCUCCUCCGCGGCUCCGCGCGGCUCCGCAGCCCCAGCCCGGCCAUGCGCGGGGCCGACAGCACAGCGGCGGUGCGGGGGUGAUGCCAGAAGGAGCCCGGCAUGCCGUACUUGGACCGACAGAACCGUAUCUGUGGGUUCCUGGACAUUGAGGAAAAUGAGACCUGCGGCAAGUUCCUGCGGCGCUACUUCAUCCUGGACACGCAGGCCAACUGCCUGCUGUGGUACAUGGACAACCCGCAGAACCUGGCGAUGGGAGCGGGCGCCGUUGGCUCUCUGCAGCUCACCUACAUCUCCAAGGUCAGCAUCGCCACCCCGAAACAGAAACCCAAAACUCCGUUCUGCUUUGUGAUCAACGCUCUGUCCCAGCGCUAUUUCCUGCAAGCCAGUGACCAGAAGGACCUGCAGGACUGGGUGGAGGCUCUCAACCGCGCCAGCAAGAUCACGGUCCCAAAGGGCGGUGGUGUACCUCCCACCACCGAGGUCACGAAGCCCCCGGCGGUGCCGCAGGCGCAGGACAGGAAGCCGCCCGUGGCCUACAAGACCGAGAUCAUCGGUGGCGUGGUGGUACACACCCCCAUCUCCAUCAGCCAGAAUGGUGGGGAUGGAGCAGAGGGCAGUGACCUGGCUGCACACCCGCUGCUGCGCCGCUCGCAGAGCUACAUCCCUGCCUCGGCCACCAAGCCACCUGCUGGGCCCCCCGCCAUCAAGAGCGGCUUCUGUGUGAAGCAGGGCAACGUGAGGAAGAGCUGGAAGCGCCGCUACUUUGUCCUCGAUGAGUUCUCCAUCAGUUACUACAAAUGUGAGCAGGACAAGGAGCCGCUGCGUUCCAUCCUGCUGAAGGACAUCUGCAAGACCCACGAGUGCCUGGUCAAGUCUGGUGACCUCCUGAUGCGGGACAACCUCUUUGAGAUCAUCACGAGCUCCAGGACCUUCUACAUCCAGGCAGACAGCCCCGAGGACAUGCACAGCUGGAUCCGUGCCAUCUCAGGGGCGGUGCAGGCCCUGAAGACCCGCCCAAGGGAGAUCUCCUUCAUGCGCUCGUGCUCCAUGACCAAGCCCAGGGGCAGCUCGGUGCCAUCGCAGCCGCAGGAGAGGAGAGCACCCUGCAAGGCCCCCACCACCGCCUGGCAGCCCUGGACGCCGGUGCCGCAGGACAGGAGGCCGCCCGAGGCGCCCGGCCGGGACGCGGUGUUCGUGCCGGCGCUGACGGAGCGCGAUGGAGCGCCUGUGCCGGGUCAGCGCCUGCGGCACCGCUCGGAGCCACAGCACCCCAAGGAGAAGGCGUUCCCCUUCGACCUGGACGAUGACAGCAUCCGGACCUCUGACGUCUGACGUUGCCUCUGCCCCGCGGUGUGUGCCCCCUGCGUGGCCCGUGGGUGUGUGGCAUCGUUUCUCCCCAAGCACCAAACAUGGAGGACAGUGCAGGAGGGCUCGGGGGCACGAGGGGGCGAGGGGGCCUUUCCGCCUUUGGAAGAAUGCUCAUCUCCUUUCUGUGCCAUUCGGUCUUAACCCAGCACAGCUGUGCCCGGAGCAGGAGCCGCGCUGCAGCUCACGGCGUGGAUGAUGUUUUGUGAAGACCGGCUCCGUGCGUUGCCUGACUGAUGGGUACCAGCUCACCCAGUGGCAUCUGACUAACUUCCUCCUUUUGUAUCUGUGGCCAUUGUUACACCCCAGCGAGGUGCUCUGCUCCUGCAGGACGGCGGUGAGCGGGGCCGAGGCAUCCUCAGGUUGUUCUGGGGUUUGCGCUGCGUGUCGUUAGGCGCCAAGAAGACCUGUCUGAGUGAAGUGCCAUGAGCACAAAGCAACAAAAGCUGAGCGUGUAGAUGAACCCCGGGAGACUCGUCCAACCGCCCCGUGCUGACUCAGAAUGAAAACGAGAAGAACCUUUCUUAGCAACGUGAGCUGGUCAUUUCCACAAGCAAACGUCCUCCUGUGGGAGGUGUGACACAGCACGUGGAAAAUGCAAGUCUUCCCCACGGAGUGAUUGUUCGACGCCUUCACCCCAGCAGCAUGUGUAGGAUGCCACGGGUGCUGCAAGCUGCGUGCGCGCCCUUCUGCUGCUCAGUGCGAGCAGUGCUUGGUGCUGUGUGCACUCAGAGCUGCACGCAGGGCAGGGGCUCUGCUUUCCUUCCUGGUGCACCACAGCAGCGCUGGAACCAAGCUGCCCAAACGUGCACUGCAGCUGAAGGAUCAGGGCAGCGGGUGUGGGGCUGCACCGCGAGCCCAGCAGCGCUGGAGUGCUCUGCAGUCGAGCAAGGUGUCCCUUUGCUAUGUGUUGUUAUCUUUUUCCUUUUUUUUUUUUUCCCCCACUUUUUUUUGGUCAUUACGUGUUCUCUGCUCUGCAAUAUCAGCCUGAUGGGGCAGUGUGUUGUCGGAUGGCAUUACUUUGCUUUGCCAUGUGUCUGUGGUGACCCAUGGAGAAGCAGCUGCAGGUACACUUUAUACAGUGAGGGAUGGUGAAUGGGCCUCCCCCAGACAAGGGGGCAAGAGCAGCUUUGUGCAGGGAAGCUGGAGAACAUUGAAACGACGAAAACGACUGGAAAUCAAUGCAAAUGGUACUGGGAGAAUGCUAACAUUCAUUAUUUAAUUGUAGAAGCCUCAGUUACGCUGUUCCUUUUUGCUUUUUUCCUUUGUUUGCACCAGUGUUGGGAUUCUGUUUUUGCCCUCAGCUGACCUGCUGCUUGCUAGUUAGGUGUUCUGUUCCCGACAAGUUUUGGACUGUCGCUCACAGAGUCACAGCACUGGGUGAUGUCGGUGCCCUGACCUCAUUUUGGGAACCCAUUAAACACGCAGCGACGAUGGCUCCUUUGUGCAAGGCUUCAAACACAGCACCAAGCCGUGUUGCUUGGUAAUUGCGAAGUUUCCUCAGGCCUGGGAUGGUGGAACAGAAGCUCGUUGCACAAUUAAGGUUAAUUAUCCAGGAGGGUAACUACCUGUGGCUGCAGCGCUGUUGCAACUCUCUCGCUUCUCCCAUUCCCACCCUCCUGCAUCUCCAGGACAGCAAUGGCGCAGUGGUAGGAGAUGUGUGUGGGCUCCAGGGUCUUGUGUGGAAAGAGUGAUGUGAAAUUGGGUUUGCUCUUUUGUAUGAAAGCAACACAGUGGUUCCCAAGUUCUUCCCAGCAGCGCUCCAAGUGCUCUUAAGGCCGGGGGUCCCGCAGCCUGCGGGUGAGUGCCGGCUGCAGAUGGAACUCUCUUUUUGCCUCUUUGUAAAUAAAGAAGGAAACCCCA